AUGAAGAAUUGGUUUGCCAUGUCUCUUCUUUGGACUGAAAAUGAUAAUAAAGGAAACAAAAAAGGAUUGCAAUUGUCAAUGGCGGUAGUGCUGACCACCGGAGACAAUUACUGGUCACGAAAAACACAUAAUUGUUAUUCGAUAGUUGGUAUAUCUACAAAGUUAAUCAAGGAGUGCGUGAAGAAAAAAAAUAAGCAGGGGAACACUACAAAACCAGUGGACAGUUCAAGUAGAAACCAAGGAAGUUACAAAACCCACUGCAUCUCAACAAGGGUCUGGGAAAGUCGAAAAGUGGAAAAUCAAUUUUUUAUUGACACAGAAUUUUGGGAGAAUAUUGCCAUAUUGGCCAUUGGAUGCAUCAAUUUAGGUGGGAGAAUCCAUUAA